AUGUCAUCAGGACGCUUCCCACCCAGCUACGGCAUGGAGUUCACCAGCACACUGCACCAAAAGGCCGAAGGACCGACACUGCCCGAAAACAACCCCUCGCCAGGCUACAUCGUGGUUGUGACGGGCGCGGGCAAGGGGCUCGGCGUGUACAUUUCCCUGGCGUACGCGCGCGCGGGGGUCACGGGGAUCUGCAUCUCGAGCCGGACCCAAAGCGACCUGGACUCACUGGAGAAGCAGCUCAAGGAAGUGGACCCCAAGCUCGAGAUCCUCUCGUCGAUCUGCGACACGACCAAGCCCGAGGCCGUCAAGCACCUCGCGGAGCAGGUGCAACAAAAGUGGGGCGGCCGACUGGACGUCGUGGUGGCCAACGCGGGCGUCAUCUCAAAGUACGUGUACGACGUGGACCCAACGACCGGCGACAAGUCGAACCGCCGCCUACCCAAGGGGAUCGUCGAGGAUGACGACUUCGCGCGCGUCAUCGACAUCAACUUGCUGGGGUCGUACUACGUGGCCAAAUACUUCACGCCGAUGCUCGUCGCGCCGCAGAACCCGAGCACCGUGCGCAGCUAUGUUGUCAUGAGCAGUCUGGCGAGCCAGCUGACGCAGAGCAGCUUUGUGCCCACGGCGUACAAUGUCGCGAAACUGGCGAACAAUCGCAUGGUCGAACACAUGGCCGAGGACCACAAGGAGCAGGGCCUGCUGGCGUUCGCGGUCCAUCCUGGGGCGGUGUUGACUCCGCAGACUGAGAACCACUCCACGCAGAAGGGCGACGCGUGGGAUACGCUUAUGAGUGAAGAUAUCGGGUUGUGUGGUGGGUGGUUGACGUGGCUGACGCGCGAGAGGAGAGACUGGUUGAGUGGGCGGUACCUCUCUGUCACGUGGGAUGUGGAUGAGUUGGAGGCAAAAAGGGACGAGAUCGUCAAGGAGGACAAGUUGAAGUUCAAGAUGACGGUGUAG